UUUUCAUUGGGAUCUCGUGGGACAUUGUAGUCGUCCACAGCAAAGUGACCAUUUUAAAGCUGGAGCAUGUGGGAUGGAUGCAUAGAAUGGAUGGUACAUUAAUUAUACGAGCGCUUUGCGUCCAACGGCAAACGAGAGCUGAGUACUGCAUGUAGACUGGCACGUAGAAUGAAUGACUCACCAUGCUGCUUGACUCACUUUGCAUGAGGGCAAUUGAUGGUGACGAGUACUGCGGUGAAAGAAAGGAUGGGUGACAUGCGAGGUCUUGGCAUUCGACCCCGCCAGAUAAUAUCAAGCCAGUGUGGCGUGGGGAGACGGACGCGGCUUGAAUUUCGUUGUCUCUGCACACUGUGCGUUUCCGUGCUCCCCAACUCCACCGACGCCCUUCGCCUUUCGUUACGGCUCGGCUUGACUGGUAUCACUCUGCUUCUACGUGCUGCUCUGUCCUGGAACUUGUCCCAGUAGCCGUCAGAGCUGGCCGCCCUGUCAAACUUUAGCUGCCUGGCUACCUAAUUUGUUCGCCUCGAACACGACCCCGCCACCACAAACACUACCACUGCCUACGCAAGUCGACGCGACACAAUGCCGCCAAAAAAGAAGGGGAACAAAAAGGCUCAGGAUGACUGGGAGGCCGAUCUGGGCGAAUCCAUCCCCCCGCAGGAUGGUGCUGCCGCAGAGCCUGCUGAGCCCACCGAGCCUGCCGCCGAAGCAGAAAGCCUAGGCGGCGGCCUUAUGGCUGCCAUCCAGCGUCGAGGAAAGAAAAAGGGCAAAAAAGGAGCCGACCAGGACUUUGUUCAAGGCGAAGAUCCGCCUGCCAAUGACGCGGAACAAGGACUCGCCUCCAAGGCACCCGAAGAAGCCAGUUUCGACGACGACGAUGUCUUCGCAGGCAAUUACAAGCCCAAACAAGCCAAGACUGAAGAUGAGCCAUCCAAGAACUCUGCCCCAGCAGAUGAUGCGCCCAGAGUAAAAACAAAGGCAGAGAAGGAGAAGGAAAAGAAGGAGAAGGAGAAGCAGCGAAAGAAGGAACUGGCUGCGAAGAAGAAAGCAAAUGCCCCUGCAAAGGCGUCGACGACACCUGCACAACCAUCCGCAACAUCAUCUACCCCCACUCCCGCUGCUGCUGCUGAUGCUGCUGCUCCCGCUGCCGCUGCUCCCGGUGGGAAGAAGAAAAAGAUCAGCCCUGCCCUCGCUGCCUUGCAAAAACAGCAGGAAGAGAGGAAGAAACGGGAAGAGGAGCUAGCUCGAUUGGAGGCCGAGGAUCGCGCCCGAGCCGAGGAAGAAGAGCGGAUAGCUGCCGAGGAAGAAAAGAAGAAGGCUGAAGCAAAAGCACUGAAGAAGCAACGAGAGAAGGAGAAGAUUGAACAGCUCAAGAAGGAGGGCAAGUACCUCACAAAGGCACAGAAAGAGGCCAAAGCUCGCAAUGAGUUGCGACUCAAGCAGAUGCUCGAGAGCGGCAACGCCAAGGUUGGAGCGCUUGAGGAAGACGGCACGGAGAGCACAGAGAAGAAGAAAUCCAAAAAAGACGACUAUCGCAAGAAGAAGCGAAGUCAGGCCGAUCAGCAGAAGGACAAAGAGGCGGAAGAAGCAGCCAAGAAACUCGAGGAACUCCGGAUCGCCGAGGAGCAGGCCGCCGCCGCCGAAGCAGAAGCACAACGGGCACGAGAAGAAGCCGAAUCAAAGAAAGCCGAGGAUGACGACUCUGGCGAUGAUUGGGAAGCGCAGGCAGAUGCCAUGGAAGGCGUCAAAGACAGCUGGGACGCCGAGUCCGAGGAUGAAGAAGCGAAGAAACCCGCAAAGGCAGAAACCUCUGCACCUGAUCCCGCACCCACAACAGUGGCAAGAUCCGACGAUACUUCAUCGUCAGAGGAGGAUGACGAUGAUAGCGAGGAAGACUCGUCAGAUGAAGAGGAGGGUACCGCUGCACAGCGAGCCGAAGCCGCUCGAAAAGCCGCCGCUGCCGAGCGACGAAAGAAGCAACACGAAGAAGCUCUGGCUGCACGAUCAAGGGAUAAUCUACGAUCUCCCAUUUGCUGUAUCCUUGGUCACGUAGAUACUGGAAAAACAAAACUUCUGGACAAGAUCCGACAAACAAACGUCCAAGAAGGUGAGGCCGGUGGUAUCACUCAACAGAUUGGUGCAACCUUCUUCCCCCGCGAAGCUCUUAUGAAGAAAACUGCGGUGGUGAACAAAGAUGACUCCUUCAAUCUCAAUGUUCCCGGUCUGCUCAUCAUCGACACGCCUGGUCACGAGUCGUUCACAAACCUACGAUCUCGCGGUUCUUCACUGUGCAACAUUGCCAUUCUUGUGGUCGAUAUUAUGCACGGAUUGGAGCCACAGACUCUAGAAUCCAUGAGACUUCUUCGAGAGAAGCGAACACCAUUCAUAGUCGCUUUGAACAAGAUCGAUCGGCUGCUUGAUUGGAAGAAGAUCGAUAACAAUGGCUUCGAAGACAGUUUCAAUCUGCAGAAGGAACGUGUCAAGAGCGAAUUCGAAGAUCGAUGGAUCAAGGUACGAACCGAACUGGCUGAACAAGGAUUCAACUCGGAGCUGUUCUUCAGAAACAAGAACAUGUCGCGCUACGUGUCAGUUGUGCCGACCUCCGCGCACACGGGAGAAGGUAUUCCCGAUAUGAUUAAGCUCAUCAUCAAGCUCACACAGGAGCGCAUGACAAACAAUCUCAUGUAUCUCUCUGAGGUCGAGUGCACAGUCUUGGAGGUCAAGGUGAUAGAAGGCCUCGGGACGACCAUUGAUGUUGUUCUCUCCAACGGCGUGCUACGUGAAGGCGAUCGCAUAGUCCUUUGCGGCAACCCGGAGCCUAUCGCAACCAACGUUCGAGCCCUGUUGACACCGGCUGAAAUGAAAGAAUUGCGAGUCAAGUCCCAGUAUGUGCACAAUAAAGAGGUCAAAGCUGCCAUGGGUAUCAAAAUCGCCGCGGACGGUCUUGACCAAGCCAUCGCUGGUUCUCGUCUUCUCGUGGUUGGCCCAGACGAUGAUGAAGAAGAUCUCAUGGACGAAGUCAUGGCCGACCUGGCUCAUCUUCUCAGCAAAGUUUCAAAGACAGGGCGUGGUGUUUCCGUCCAAGCUUCAACUCUUGGUUCUCUCGAGGCUCUGCUCGAAUUCCUGCGAGUUUCAAAGAUUCCUGUGUCUACCAUCUCCAUUGGGCCAGUGUUCAAGAAAGAUGUUCUGCGGGCAGGUGUCAUGCUCGAAAAGGCAAAGGAAUUCGCAGUCAUGCUUUGUUUCGAUGUCAAAGUGGACAAAGAUGCGCGCGCUUACGCAGAUGAAAUUGGGGUUAAAAUCUUCGAGGCAGACAUCAUUUACCAUCUUUUCGACAAAUUCACGGCUCAUAUGAAGCAAUUGGAAGAACAGCGCAAAGAGGAUAGCAAAAUGUUGGCUGUGUUUCCCUGCAUUCUCAAGCCCAUUGCGGUGUUCAACAAGAAGGAUCCUAUUGUUCUCGGUGUUGAUGUGACUGAGGGUAGUCUGAGACUGACAACCCCACUCGCCGUCAUCAAGAAAAACCCCGUGACCGGCGUCAAGGAAAUCAUCUCCCUAGGUAGAGUAACUUCUAUUGAACGCGAACACAAGCAAAUCAAUGUCUGCAAGCGUGGUCAGCCCUCCGUCGCCGUGAAAAUCGAAGGUCCCAACCAACCGUUAUACGGUCGCCAAGUCGAAGAAAAGGACACUGUCUACUCGCUCAUUUCGCGAGCCUCGAUCGACACGCUAAAGAACUACUUUAGAAGUGACGUGAGCACGGACGAGUGGUUGCUGAUCAAGAACAUGAAGAAGGACUUUGAUAUCAUGUGAGCAGAAUAGAUUAGGGUUAAGCAAACAGUAUGUUGGUUGCUAAUCUUGUGGUCGUACUUUUAUCUCUUUCUUAUUUUUAACUCUUUUCUUCACAUCUCCCCUCUCCAAUGACGUUUUCUUCCUUUUAUGACACCUGUGUAUAUGCAUCGCU